AUGAGUCUUACCUACGGCGCUGGCGGCGCCACCGCCGCCCUCACCGUCAUCGGCCUGUAUAUGCUGUUUAAUGGCGAAGGCGAGGCUUUCAAUGUCGGCCAAUUCCUCGAGAGCAUCUCCCCGUACAUGUGGGCGGAUAUGGGCAUUGGGCUGUGCAUCGGCCUGUCCGUCGUCGGUGCCGCAUGGGGCAUCUUCAUCACCGGCAGUUCCAUCCUCGGCGGUGGCGUCAAGGCCCCGCGCAUCCGCACAAAGAACCUCAUCUCCAUCAUCUUCUGCGAGGUCGUCGCCAUCUACGGCGUCAUCAUGUCCAUUGUCUUCUCCUCCAAGAUCCAGUCCGUCUCCGGCGACGCCCUCUACUCGGCCAGCAACUACUACACCGGCUACGCCCUUUUCUGGGGCGGCAUCACCGUCGGCAUGUGCAACCUGGUCUGCGGUGUCUCGGUUGGCAUCAACGGCAGCAGUGCCGCCCUCGCCGAUGCCGCUGACCCUAGCCUCUUCGUCAAGAUCCUCGUCAUCGAAAUCUUCAGCUCCGUCCUCGGCCUCUUCGGUCUCAUCAUCGGUCUGCUCGUCUCCGGAAAGGCUGGUGACUUUGAGUGA